CAUCGCCCACCUUCCCCCCGUUCAUUGCUUUCGUAAAGUGCGAUUCAAUCAUUCGCAAAAAGUCCCCUUUCUAUUGGCCGUUACGAUAGGAAAACCAUACGGCCGACACGAUCGCACACCCGUUUACAACUGCCGCGCGCACCCUCCCCCCGUUAUGCUUCCCCUCCGAACCGAAAACCGCCGGCCCGCGCGCCGCAAAAGUUUUCAUAAGUUUCUUUAUUGUUGCAGGCUCACCGCUUGAUCUGUGUAAUGAAUCGGAUUCUGGUAAUUACGUUCCUGAGGGCGGGGAAUAAUUAAUUCAGACAAACGCCUUGCGUUGGCAAGCGAAUUGUGCGGGAAGAAAUCGAGAGUUUGCUCAACUUUUGCCGGCGGGGGCCCCCCAUGGGGCGGCGGCGGGGGCGGCGUGUAGCCUGCCGCUGGGGCAGCCCCCCAUGCUGCCCCACCCCCAGCGCUGCUGACCGCGAGCGCCGGGCAGAGUCGCGGCGGUCCCCCUACAGUCAUCAUCCCUGUCCAAACGUCCUUUCGCAGAGAAAGUAACGUACAGUCGCCAAUCCCGUGAAAGCCUCCUUUUCCUGCUUUCGUGAGACAGCGCGGCGAUUUCCUCGAACCCCUUCAACGGAAUCUCUCCCGUGGUGAUCUGUGCUGUACUGCGUGGGUGCUGGAAUAAUAAUAACAAUCGGCCUGCUGUUUGAAAAGAAAAAGGAUAGCGGACAACACGUGCGUUGCGUCUAGUCCGGCUCGCUGCACUCGAAGGAAAGAGAGAGACAGAGACAUCGAGAGCUCAACUAGAGAGGUCCAGAAAGUUUACGAGAAGGUAGCUGUGUGCGCGUGCUCCCCCAGCAUGCCCUGCUUUGUGACCAUGGAGCAGCUCCCGGAUGACGUGAUCGUGGCGGUGAUGCAGUUCCUGUCGGUGGAGGACCUCUUCGCCUGCCGCCUCGUAAGUCGGCGUCUCUGCGGCCUCGUCUCCCACUGGGACGUUUGGCGCGACCGGUCGCUCUCCGACGACCUUCCCUGUGCGAACGCGGUGCUGCGCCUGGCGCCCUGCCUCGACGCCCUGGUCGUCACGGGGCGAUAUCCGACUUUGGCGGUGACGACGACCCAGUGCGCCGUGGCCAUUCUGGAACUGCACAUAUUUGACCGGGAGUCCUUCAACGAUGCGGAGUACGCCCUGACAGUGCACAGGCAGGAGUCCCUCGGGCGCCUGAGGAGACUGGAGCUCACUAGCAACGAGCACUACUUUAGGUCACCUCCUGUUGCCGACGUUCUGGUGAGGACAAUGGCGUCGUGCUCCGGUCUGCAGUCGCUCGAAGUCUGCGACAGCCUACCCAACACCAACCACCCCAUUGAACACGGGCCCUCCAAACCGUCCCUCACGCAAUUCGGUUGCCCAAUUGAUGAACAGUCGAAGUCCUUCGUGCACACAAUGCUGGCCGGACACGCGGCCACCCUAGAGGACGUGGACAUCAGCGAUAGUCAUUACGGCAUAGGCGACUCGGAGACGGCCGGCCUGUUGGCCAGCAUGCCGAGAUUGCGGAGGCUGCGCUGCAACGACUCUGUUGAAGGGUUUGGGGCCGUGGCGGCGAGCAAGAGUCUCAGGGACGUGAGCAUUACUCUGUUCGGGGAGCCAGAUGAAGAGAACGAAGCUGUAGAGUUCCUCCGCAGAGCCAAACAACUGCGCCGGAUCCGGUUGAGCUACUGCACCGACUUCAGCGCCGAGUUCUGCGGCCGGGUGUCCGAGGCUCUGACCUCGUCCAUGGUGUCCAAAGUGGAGCGGCUGGCGUUGGACGGGUUCACUGAGGUGCGCCUGCUGUUUCGCGAGCUCCCGUCGCUGCCCUACCUCCACCACCUGGAGUUGACGGAGGCCCCGCCCGACGACGAGCUGCUUUUGAGCAUCUCCCCCGAGACGGCCCCGGCCCUGAGGAGGCUGGAGCUGGGAACCUGCGGGCAGGUUUGUCCUCACUCCUGGGUACACAGGGAUGCAGUCAGGGUGACGCUCGCGGCCAACCCCAAGCUGCAUAUUCUGCUGUGGCACAAUAAAAAAGAUUGUGGUCAAGCGUGCGAGGCAUGCAGGUGGACCUGCCACCCAGAAGUGAUCAAGUGGAGUAAGGUGAGAAAGGUUGGCCUUUUCUCGCAUGACCCGGGCAAAUGCCCUUCUCCGGAGGAUCACACUGAUACUGUUGAAUGGCAACGGUCCAAUUACUACACUGGCGCUGCUCAGUGUCCGUGGAUCCAUAUGUGAUGUAGUUAUGCUUUGGAUGUUCUGUAUUUUACACUACCAACACUAAAAGGAAAGCAACAAAUAAGUCAUAUUGUGAAAAUGUUGUGCUUAAUUGACUUCUUAAUCACGUUUUUGGACGUAAUGUUUUAAUUGCUUUUUAUGUGAGAUUUUGGUAAUGAUUACUUCUUACGUUUUUAUGGUCUUGCCAUAUUACUUGUGUUUCUUCUGUAAGGCAUGUUUUAACGUCAUCUUUAGUUUUGUUCUCCGUGUCAGUUUCGUUGAGGUGCAAUAAAU